AUGAAACGUAAAAUUUGAGGCGAACGCCGCUUUGGCAAGAUUGUCACACGGUAGAGCCGUUGUUUAGUCAAAUUAUCGAGGGAGAUCAGAGAUUGGGCCUUCAAGACAAUAUUCGUGAAGCUUCAUUUGCAGAUUAGCAUAAAUAAGGCCUCUGUAAAUCUUGAUUUUUUAUUUUGUUUUCUUGAACGAUAUUCGUGACACGCAACAGUCAGUUUAUCAAUCACCAGCUCUCUCCGCUGAUUUAUAGCUUUACUUCGUUCGCACAACAUCUCUCGUUCGCCUCUUUAAUCGCUAUUGAGGGUAAAUACAUUUUUUUUUCUCCUUUUAUCUGAGCACAGACUCUAGUAAAACGUGUACGUGACAAUAUCACUAAUAUCACUUAAAACGGGGUCAGUAUGCUGCAUUGUUUCGGAAAUCUAAUUAAACUUGUGCAUCAAUAUUUUUUCCAAGCUUAGUUAAAGCUUGAUUACUAAGCUCUGGACUGGUUUGAAAGAGCAAAAUCGAAUUAUGCUCUUCCUUAAGUAUUUAAGCGAUCUCUGAAAUUUCAAUCACACGUAGACACUCGGUAUUUCAUUUUCUAUAUUCUCUGGGCGGAAAUCUGUAUUAGUUCAGAAAAUGAAACUAGAAUAUCAAUAUAACAUCCAUAAUAUUUUGAUUAUGGAAAGGAUCUGUCAUUCAAACCUUCAAACUCCCAAACAUACCACAUUUUUAUGUGAGUUUAAAACGCGCCGCUGAGGUACCUCCAUGAAGGAAACAAAAGUUGGGUACUUUAGGGUCAACUUUGUAACCAGCUAAUAAUCUUGGAUGGUUUUAACGCUGUCAUCUUAUUAUGCUCCUCAUCAUGUAUCGAAUCUGAUAAGUAUUGAUUUUUCAUGGGAAUUGAUUCCGAAGGCAGACUUACAAAACAACUUGAUUCUCUCUGAAACUUCAGCGAAUAUGGUGACAAUUUGACGACGCAUAGAACUUCAAUUUCGACAAAGAAGCCGGAAAGACAGCUCUCAGCGAGGAGAAAAAUCAAAGAUAUACUAAAUUCAGAAGAUGGACAACUCUUCUGGAUCACAUCCAAGUGUUGACGGUGAGGAAUUGAGCUAUUCAUUUACAGCUGCCUUCAAGAUUCCUGUAUUGACCGUUUAUAUAAUCAUUGUAGUGGUGGCAGUAAUUGGGAACAUCAUGGUUUGCUUUGCGAUCCUGGUCGACAAAAACCUUCGAAGCAAUCCCACAACAAUCCUUCUAUUCUCACUGGCGUUCUCUGAUCUACUCACCGUGACAAUUGUCACUCCACUACAAACAGAAGAAUUUUUCCUUCGAGGAAUCUGGAUACAUGGUACAACUAUGUGCAGGUUAUGGAGUACUGUUUUUUACAUCGCUGUACCAGCAUCGAUUUUGACCCUUCUUGUUCUCAGUAGGGACCGCUACAACCACCUCACUGACCCGUUAAACCGGUUUCGAAAAACAAGGUUCAUGACGCGAAAAAAGGCUAUGAUGAUCAACUGUUUGAUAUGGUUUUAUACCGUUCUGUUUGCUUCAAUUCCCGCUUACUUUGGCUGGGAAGAUUUUCAUCGCGAAUCCGUCGCCUAUGACAAAAUAUGUUGGUUCCCAUACAGAAGCAUUUAUACAACCGUGACAAGUUUCUUUAACUUUUUGUUGCCCUUGCUAAUAACUUGCGGAAUUUAUAUCAAGAUUUAUCGCAUUGCGAGUGCGCGAAAUAAAAACGUAACCACCGCUCGCAGAUGCGAGUGUGGCAAACUGACUUUCACUCAAGAGACGAAUAAUUAUAUAGGGAACCUUAAAGCAGCGAAAACUAUAUCUAUGUUUGUAGGGGUCUCAUUUUUCUGCUGGGUCCCUUACUCCAUAUAUACCAUAAUUAACUGCGUAUGUGAAAACUGUUUGCUACACAUACCACCGAAAGCCUAUCCUUUUCUGUUAAUGUUGGGUUACCUGAGCUCGGCUUUGAACCCUUUUCUAUUCGCGUUUCGAAGCAAAAGCUUCAAAGUCAUAUACUCUAAGAUGCUGCGUUCAGUUAAGGUGCUCAAGCCAAAACCCAGGCCCGAUUCUCGGCGAAUCUCCUCCAUAUCGGAGAUGACUCUCGUUUCAGAGAUUCCAUGUUCAAUGGAGGGAGGUAUUAUACUUCAAGCAGUGCAAUCACGUCCGUUAACACUUAGCUUUCAGAACUGCUGAUUAGCAUAAAUAUUCUCUUUGACAUCUAUAUACCUUAUCUAGCAAAAAAUUGAAGAGAAGUGACAAAUUUAGCAGUUAGAGGGCGUUUACCUGAUUUGAUUGCCUAUUAUCGGUGAUUAUAGAGAUGGACGCGCUCUAAUUGGUCGAGGAUUACUUCAUAUCUUGCGAUAGUCACCCAGAGCAAGGUGAUUUUAAUAAUGAGGCAAUAAUUUCAAAAUAGGCACUGCGUGAUUCACUUAUUUUCAUGACAGAGAAAAUAAAAUGCUUUUGCCUAUAG